GUGUUGUGUUUUGCUUCCACGCCGCAGCGUUUAAAAGUGUUUUUGGGCGGGUUUUUUAAUUACAAAGUCGAUGAUUUCGGUGCAAAAAGUUAGCGGAAGUGAUAAACUGCCAACUGUUGUAAUUGUUGAGAGUAAUAUUUCGGAAUCUGCCGGUGAAAUUACGUUAUACCGCAAACGCGUCUAUUUUCCCUCUGUGUCACUGAUAGAGAAGCUUGCAUAUUCCAUGCAAAAGUUUGGUUGGCUGAUGCUGGCUGGGGAAUCCGGUAAAAUACGUGCCGUGAAGUAUUAAGGAAUGGACUGUUACAAUAUGAUGAAUAAUUCAUAUGGAAAUAUCGUAUACAGUGGUCAAACAGGAGAAGUUACAGAACAGCAACAUUACGUGCAGGAUCCCAAUAAUAUUUAUCAGCAAACUACUGAACUUUCAGUUGAGACAUUAAAAGAAAACCAUUUCCAGGAGCGGGAUAGCAUUAUAGUACACGAACCAGUGGAAGAUAACGAAAAUUUAGAUUCCGAAACAUAUCAGGGGGAACAAGUGGAGGUAAUUCCGGUAGCAAUGGAACAGUUAGAAGCCGAAAGAAACCACGAUGAAGCGAUGGAAGAGUCUCUGGAAAAUCACCAGCCGGAGGAGGCAUCUUCUGCGCUAGACGUUGCGGACCCGAAACCAACCGAAGAUCCGGCAAACGAUGAGGACAAAACGGAAGAAGACGAAGAAAUGAAAGAAGAGAGAUUAGAAGAAGAUAACGAACUCGAAGCAGAUAAUCAACAGGAAGGAGAUCAGUCCGAAGAUAAGAAAGAAGAUAAAGUAAAAGCAGAGGAAAAAGAUAAACCUAAAGUGCGCCGCAAAGACGGAGAACCCGCAGAUUUGGAAAUAUGUCGGGUGUGCACUUCUAAGGAAAACUUAUCCAAUAUUUUUGAUUUUGAAUCUUCAAUAAGAAUUUGUGACAUUAUUAUAAAAAUCUGUCCGACCGUUCGGAUAACAGAAAGAGACCAUCUACCGCAUAAAAUUUGUCAAAAAUGCGUAGAAAAAGUUAGAAUCGCAUUUGAUUUCAAGAACACUUGCGAAAACACCGAUAAGGAACUUCGAAAAACAUUGAAGCGUGCUUAUAACAAGAGUCGGAGAACUACGGAUUUUGUAAUCGUAAAUUGCCCUAUGUCAGACGAGGAGGAAAAUGAAGACGAACCGCAGGAUGAUGAUGAAUAUAAAGUUUCUCAGUCGGAAGUCGAGUCAGAACCAGUUACGUCUGACGAUAGCUUUGAGCCAGCGAACAAAAAGAAAAGGACACCGAAAAGACGGGGCCGUAGACCGAAAUCAGAAUCUACUCCAGCAAUUGUAACUGGCGUUAAGCGAAGACGAGGUCGACAACCAGGAUUUAAACUAGCAAGUCCUCCUACUGCAUCGCCGGCAGUCCCUCGUCGCGGUCCAGGUCGCCCUCCAAAAUCAGCCACGAAAGCAAAAUCCCCAGGAAUAGCUAAUGUUGUCUAUAUUGAAGCGCCAGAAGCAAGCUCAUCGGACAGCGAAGAUGAUAAACCGAUUAAACAACGCAAGACUCACGAUUGUUCGAAGUGCGAUGAAACUUUCAAAACCGGCGUCGAACUAAAGGAACAUCUUCAGACCCACAAAGGCGACUUAUUCCCCUGUACCAAGUGUGAGAAAACCUUUAAAUCAAAGGUUUAUCUGUCUAAUCACUUGGAACGGCAUGAUCAGGACGAUAAAAAACGAGCGGAAAAGAUGAAGGCCAAGGAACUGAAGAAGCAACAGCAGCGGCAAAAGGACAUCCAGAAGCGUCGCGAGUCUGAUUCCAAAAAACCACUGUCCUCAGGAAGUGCAGAAAAGAAGAAAAAACUGGAACAACCCUCGCCGGCCAACAGCGGGAGAGAUCUGUUUAAAUGUGUCGCACCGCUCACUUCCACCUACUGGAGCGACAGUUUUUCGGAUUAAGAAGACCGGACGAUCGAACAGGUACGGCUCCUUCGCUGAUAAGCACUGUGCGUUUGGACAGCAGCGAGCGCUAGGUUUACUUAUACAUGGACCGGAUGUAUAUUUGGGAGAGUGCCAUUUUGAUCGUCUACAGAGAGCAACGCAAGUUUUAUAAAAUUUCAUCUAAAAGUGAUAUUUGCUAGCCGAAAAAAAUCUGGAAAUGGAUUGGAUUAUUACACCCCGCGAGCCCCUAUAUGCGUAGCACUACUGUAGCCUGUAAAUAGUACUAGUUUUGCAAAACAAAAAUGUCAAAUUUAUGUUUUAUUAAGGUACUUUCAAAAAACAUUAGCCCCUAAGAUUGCUUAACAAAAAGAUUUAGGAUGUAGCUUUAGGGCAUUGAUUCAAGCGUUCUAUAAAGCUAAACAGAUGUGUCACAAUAAGAUCAAAAAAUCUUUUAAUUUUCAAAAGGGUCAGAUUGAUUUCAAUUCAACAGGAUAGCAACAUGCUGAGCAUUCAAAUGAAAACUUCUCAGCUUAUUUUCGUCUACUAACCCCUAACAGAUAAGCAGGUAGUGCACAACUAAGAUUAUAGCAUAAUCAGUGGUAAUAGUGGUACCGCUAGCGUCUUUUUACUUUUCCUUAUUAAUUUGAACAUAGGGUGGUCUCAAAAUCCAAGAUUUUAUUGUGCAAUGCCCAGCAAAGUGAAGAUAUUUGUCAUGGCAAAAAAAAUGAGAACACAAACACUGCAGAGCAUUCACGGACUAAUAUUAUUUUACAGUAAAUUGUAAGCAUCUAAUUAAUACUUGUAAGCGGUUGAAUUCGUUUCCAU